AAUCAAUAAUGACUUUCUUUUACCCUCCGAUCAUUUUUCUCAAGCCUACUCUUGAAACAGGAAGUUGCUAUAAAAGUGAAAGGCAUGGCCUGCUGCUAGGAGUUCAUUGAGCAGCUUCUGUAUGUGAUAUACAAAAUGAGAUUUGCGGUUGCUUUUAGUAUACUCUUUGCAAGUUAUGUGGCAGUAGAAGGAACAUACGAUCUUUUCCCCGAUUCACACUUCAGCUCGACGUAUAUUCCAACUAAAAGUAACAAUGACUGGAUUGCAUUAAGUGGCAAACUGAAAGAUUUUUCGAAUGAUUAUGGCCAAGUAUAUGGCAUAGUGGAUUCUAUCUCUGGUUCAUAUCCUUCAUUUUAUCGCCAAAUUACAAAAAUUCCUGUUAAAGGUGGUAUUACUAUUGUACCUGCUCCAAAAAAUCUUGGUUCUUUUUCUAAUGCUUUAUAUUUGGAAGAUUAUUCAUCCGUAAAUCAAGUUCCUCACAUUAAAGUGCCUCCUCUCGACAUUUAUGGAAAACUAGGGUCUAGUGGUUACUUAUACCAACUGAAAAAUGUACCUGUUCACUUUAUUUCUAGUCAUCGCCCUCAGACUCUCAGUUACCACACUACAAUUGGAUUAUCCCCAGAGAUUCAUUAUGAUGGAAGUCUAUUAAAUUACGAUAGUUCUCAGUUGCGCAGUUCCAUACCCAACAAAAAUUCUGAAUAUAAUGAAAGAAUUUAUCGUCAUGGUAUAUUCGGUAGUCGUUACGUUGAUGAAGACUAUCAUCAUGGGAACUAUGGUGACAAUCAAGAAAGUCUGAUUUCUCCUUAUCACGAAGAAGGAAAUCUGGCUAUCAUACCCCACAAUCACCAAGUUCAUGAAAUAUCCCAUCAAGAAAACUCUGGAAUACCCGACAAGCAUAAUCUGGAAGAAAGAGAUCAUUCUGUUUAUGAAGAGAAUCAUUCAGCUCAUGAAUCUGAGCCCGAGGAUGGAGGAGAAAUUUUGAAUUCCCACAAGGUUCCAGAAGAAAGCUUACAUGAUCAUGGCAGAGAUCUUGGAAGUGGCCAUUUCACAGAACACAAAGUAAUUCAUCAAGAUGAUGAAGAGAAAAUUUACGUAGAUGAAGUCCAUGACCAAAUUAUUGGGCCUAUUUAUAAAAAAUACGUAAUUCCCACUAUUGCACAUUUCGAAGAAGAUCAGGUGGCAAAGUAUCCUAUUCAAGAAGAAAUACAGGAAGAUGAUUUGAAAAUUCAGAGAAAUCCUAGCAAACUUUCAGGAGUUUCUGAUCAAAAUAUUAAACUGGAAGAUUAUGACGAAAACCAAAAAAUACAAAAUCCAACAAGCGAUGUGAAAAAUGAACACAGUGAUUUGCAAGGAGGAAAUUACGGUAGCGAAGUGCAGCAGGAAAAGCAAUCAGAAACACAGCCUAAUUAUGAAGCAUCCUUAAUACAGAAGGAUAAAGAGGAACUGCCGUCUUUCCCUUUUUCAAAUGCUGCGCAAGAUUCCUAUGAUGGUAAAAAGUACACAGGAGGAAAGAACCCAAUUCUUUCUGAAAAUGUACCUAUCGAGCAAAACAUGUAUAAGCCAGCUCAGACUGUGAAACCUUCAUCUGCAGAUUCGUCAGAUAAUGAACAAAAGAAAUAUGAUCAGCAGGAAAAAAUGAAAGAUUAUAAAAUUGAGCAGAGUACCAUAACAGAUGGAAAAACAAACUACUUACCUAAUGAAGACAAAGCUGGUAGCUACGAACAAAUAUCCAAUAAUAAAAACUCGGAUUACAAGUUCGAGAAUGAACAGUCUGGAGGUAGAAGCAAACAAUAUCGUAAAUACGAGAAACCGAGAUCUAGCAGCUAUGAAAUAGAAAUUCUACACUCUAAUAGAGAUGGUUACCAACAUUCCACUCCAUAUGAGCAAUUUUCACAAGUAGAAGAGCUAACGUCCCAGUUAUACCCAAAAAGUCGGAGUCAAGAGCUUCGGAAACAGUCUCAGCCAACAGAGGCAAGACAAAAUACAUAUCAAGAAAAUUCUCCUUUAGAACAGAAACAAGUUUUUACUGAUGGGCCCAAAGAAAGAAAGUAUUUAGAACACAAAUUUAUUUAUACUGAACAGAAGCAAGAUACGAAGGAUAGCGUGGAAGGUUAUAAUAGAUAGACUACGAGUAAAUGCUAUCAUCCAUACCAUCUGUAUAGUAACGAAAAGGCACCGAUGAUGGUGAAACUGCUCAAGCUCAAGAAACUGCUAUGUGCAAUCUUCAGUACGUCUCAAUGGAUCUGAAUAAGAUUCUGGGGAGGACAUAGCUACAUUGUUAAGCAUUUCAAACCGUAUAGGGGGAACGUGUGUAAGAUAUAUAACUAUUGUAUUUUAUGGAAAGGGAAAAUAUUUCCAAGCCUGAAAUAAAAUAUCUCUACUUCAUUCUCUGAUCGAAGACAUUUUGCAUCAUAGUUCCAAUCUUACAUAUAAGGAAAAUUACACAAAUAAGAUUUAUUUGUAUAAAAGGAUAAAUAAGAUUUAUUUGUAUGUACUUAUUUACAUAUAUAUAAUAUUUUUUCUAAUUAUGUAUACAUAUAUAUUAUAUAUACAUAGAUGUAAUAAAAAGUCAGUGUCAUAA